AUGCCCGCCGCGCUGCCGAGUCCGCCGUUACCAACGCCUUCCAUCUCCGCGAAAAGCGCGAAAGGAGAAUCGCCCAGGUCGUGGAAUACACAGAAGCUGGGGCUUAGGGUGGGCGCGGAUGCGCUGGCUGCAGGCGCAGCGGGUGUGUUGGUUGCGCCCAUCAUCACGAUGAUAGACAAGGGCAUUAUCGAGAAUGCGAGCGGGCGGAACACGCUGGGGGAGAGCUUGAAGAAGAGCGCGAGGGAGCUGUUGGUUCGCCCGCAUCGGUUUCUGGGGAGCAAGCCUUUUGCGCUGAUUUUCUCCCUCUACUUCGGCACCUACUUCACCGCCAACACCCUCGACACCGUCACCUCCACCCUGCACUCCACACCCCCUUCCACCACCACCGCCGGCACCCCGAAAUUCCUGGCCACGAGCUCCGCAAACCUCGCCCUCUGCCUCUACAAAGAUUCCCGCUUCACGCAGCUCUUCGGCUCCCCCGGCUCCGCCCGCCCCGUCCCCCUCCCCACCUUCGCUCUCUUCACCCUCCGCGACUGCCUCACCAUCUUCGCGUCCUUCAACCUGCCGCCGCUCCUCGCACCCUCCUUUGCUUCACACAUGGGCGAAGAAGCGCAGAAGUGGAUGAGCGCGGCGAGCGUGGCGCAGUUUGUCACGCCUGCCGCGGUGCAGGUGGUGAGCACGCCGCUGCACUUGCUAGGGCUGGAUUUGUAUAAUAGAGCUGGGGUGAGGUGGGGCGGGGCGGAUGGUAGGGCGAGGCGGGUGCUGAGGGACUGGGGGAUGGCGAGUUUCGCGCGGAUGGGGCGGAUAGUGCCGGCGUUUGGGGUGGGCGGUGUGGUUAAUACGAAGGUGAGGAGGGGCCUGAUGGGGCGGUUGGAGUAG